AUGGUCAUCAUCGGAGCUUCUGUCUCACCGCAGUCAUCCGAUCGCGAAGAUGCCAGGACUUGGUUUGAAGUCGUCGAGGAGAUGGUGUUCCAAGAUGACGAUUUCUGCUACGACGGAUACAGUCCCUUCUACAUUGUCUGCCUCUACCAGAAUUGGGAUGGCACCGAUCCAAGUAAACGCAGAAUACGGCGGUUUCGGUUCAGCACCAUGGUCGCUGUGGCGCGAGACAUUGCUGAUUCGGAUCUUUUUGUGAGUGUUCUUGCUGGACACAGCUUUCGUUAUCUCAACAACUUGCCGCCCAGGCUUGCUAUCAAGGAGAUGCAAAUGCAAUUUGCCACCAACGAAGGCGCCUUUCAAGCAGACUCUGCAACAAUGUGCUUCAACUAUCUCGCCAGUGGGGCAACAGCUCAGGUCGGGAUGAUGUCUACGCUGUGCGAGAAGUUCUGCGAAGGCCAACUAGAAUUACAACAUCAAAUUGUGCUGGUAGACAUGGGACCACUGAAUUUGUUCGUGGUGUCAUCGCAGUUAUUCGGUCACGACAUCGAGAUGACACCCGUCAGGCACGCUUUGCGGAACUGGAUCAAAGUAUGGAAUCUUUACCAGGACGGCUACUGUUAUCUUUACAGACACGUACCUCUGGUCGGCCACUCCCUGACUUCCGACAACAUGUGGAAGCGCCUCGGAUUCCUACGAUAUGCCCCAGAGUACUGGCAGCUCGCGCAAUUUCUGGUUGAGCGGAUAUCGACUGCCAGCGCAACACGAGAGCAAGCAUUGGCGGACAGAGCUGCCGCAUCUACGACAUGCCAGCAAUCGCCACCGUCUUUGCUGAAGCAAUACGACGAUACUAGCAUGCGCCAAGUGAACGACCUGAUCGUUGAAUUUCAGCAAGUUUGGAGAUGA